CAGACCCUCCCUGCUACGUUCGGGAGUCCGCGGCGCUGCUGCUCCCGCCGCCGCCGCCGCUGCCGCUGCGCUCUCGGCGCGCGCUUCUCCCGGUGCAGACAACAAAACAAAACGAGGAAGCAAAGAUGACUAAUCUGGGAACAGAAUUAUAAUGGAAAUUACCAGGAAAGCAGCAACUGCAGAUGCCGACGGAAGAUACCCCAUUUUCACGCAAAUUGAGGCUGUUUUGCAUCAGCCUGCAGAACUGGUUUCUGCUGUGGCUUAAGCAGGAUGAACGAGCCAAAGAGAGAUCUUCUUUUCUGCAAAAGUAGUGACGGUUGUCCUCCUUAAAGUCAUUGAGAAGACUACAUGCAAGCAUUCUGAAGAAAUGAAAGAAGUCGAGCUCUGGUCACGCAAGGAAGUGGCAGAUUGGUUGUUGGAGAAUGCGGUGCCCGAAUACUGUGAACCGCUGAAGCAUUUAUCUGGGCGUGAUUUGAUCAACUUAACCAAGGCCGAUUUUGAGAAGCCCCCCUUGUCGCGAGUGACUUCCGACAGCGGGCAGCAGCUCUUAGACAUGAUAGAGACUUUGAAAAUAGAACACCACAUCGAGGCGCACAAAAAUGGGCACGCCAAUGGCCACCUCAGCAUCAGCACAGAAGCCCCGGCCAGCGAAAACGGCUUCAGCAAAGCCCCCAAGCCAAACGGGGUGCCGAACGGCUACAGGAAAGAAAUGAUAAAAAUCUCCAUGCCGGAUCUGGAACGGUCUCAGUAUCCUGUGGAGUGGGAGAAGACGUUUCUGGCUUUCCUUUAUGCACUCUGCUGUUUCUUCCUGACCACGGUGACAAUCUCACUUGUCCACGAACGAGUACCUCCCAAAGAGGAGGAGCCCCCCCUUCCAGAUGCUUUCUUUGAUUACUUUAACCGGGUUCAAUGGGCCUUUUCUAUCUGUGAAAUUAACGGUUUGAUCCUCGUAGGACUUUGGUUAGUUCAGUGGCUGCUUUUAAAAUACAAGUCUAUUAUUGGCAGAAGAUUUCUUUGUAUAGUUGGCACAUUGUACUUAUAUCGGUGUAUUACAAUGUAUGUAACGACACUCCCAGUACCUGGCAUGCAUUUCAACUGUUCGCCAAAGCUUUUUGGCGACUGGGAAUCACACAUGAGAAGGAUCAUGAAGCUGCUUGCCGGGGGCGGGCUGUCAAUCACAGGAGCCCAUGACAUGUGCGGUGACUACCUAUACAGCGGCCAUACGGUGAUGUUAACUCUGACAUACUUAUUUAUCAAAGAGUAUUCACCUCGGCGAUUGUGGUGGUAUCAUUGGAUUUGCUGGGCUCUCAGCAUAGUUGGGAUGUUCUGUAUUCUUUUAGCUCAUGAUCACUACACUGUGGAUGUGGUGGUGGCUUACUACAUCACUACAAGACUUUUCUGGUGGUAUCAUACCAUGGCCAAUCAACAAGUGCUAAAAGAAGCUUCUCAGACUAAUCUCCUUGCACGGGUGUGGUGGUACAGACCCUUCCAGUACUUUGAAAAGAAUGUCCAAGGCAUUGUACCACGUUCCUAUCAUUGGCCUUUUUCCUGGCAAGCUUUGCACCUCGGCCGGUCAGCAAAAUACAGCAAACUGGUGAAUGAUACAUAACAGAUAACAAUAAGGAGCUGGCGAGAGAACUGUCUGAAAAGUGCUCGGAACUCCCCUAGAUGUGACGCCAUAGCAAUUGAACUGGUCCCUUAAUUCUACCUUUUAACCCUUACCUUGACUUUAAUCUCUUACCUGGUAAGCACUGUGAUAACUUUUUUUUUCUCCAAAGGAUCUGCGAUGGACAACAAUAAAAUUAUGGUAACUCAUCAUGCACUGUAUACAUUUCUUGUUAAUAGAUUAUGGAUUUGCAUUGCUCAUCACCCUGUUUCUUUGUAUAUGAUGCAGCAGCAUAACAACAGACAAAAAAGCUUUUAUAUCAUUAAGUUCUGGUCUUUCCAGUCAGAUCUGGGAAUGAAGCAUAUUAUUUUCUUGGGAAAACAUAAUUUUCAUAUCUCUUGCCCCAAAGAUUGGGCUGUAAGCCAUUUUCUAGCAAAUGUCUAUAUGAAGGUUUCUAAAUACCUGACUUGGAUAAAUAAAUAUACAGGAAUCUUUCUUAUCUGUUUCACUGAAGCUACAAAAUGAUAGACGCGGAAAGGUUUGGUAAUCAUUGAUUUUGUAAAUCUGCAGUGACAGUGUCAAAACGGUGCAAAAAAAAUAAUAAUAAUACUAUUCUGUUGUAAAGUGAUUUUCUAAGUAUUUCCUAACUUUAUUUUUCAAAAGAAUAAUGCAUUCAAAUGAAUUCUAAAAACGGUUUUUACACGACAGAGAAAAGAGUUAAACUUUAAAAAAUAAUGCUUCUUGGGAGAAAGAUUUGUCUGUUCUUAGUGCCUUUCUUGUCUUGAUAGUAUGGUCAGUAGGCAUUCUUUACAAACUUUUGUUUAAAAUAAAA